UUUUACGUCUUCCUGUUGAUUUCUCUAACGGGUUUCUAAAAUGGGACCUCUCAGCGAGAACUAACAGCAAAAUUAUUCUAGCAGUAAUCACAGGAUCACGAUGAGGAUAAUAUGUUUUUAUUCAUGUUGCUUCUUUUUGUAUUCCACGUCAUCUGCAGUGAAACACUCACUGCAGUAUCUGGUCACUGCAUCCUCUGGGGUCCCAAACAUCCCAGAGUUUAUGGGUGCUGUGAUGCUUGAUGACAUUCAGAUGGGUUACUGUGACAGCAUCAACAAGAUAUUGGAACCAAGACAGGACUGGGUGAAGAAGAUGCUUGAAAAUGAAACUCAGCUGUUGGAGAUAUUGACUCAGGAUUGCUUUCAGGAUCUGCCAAAUAACUUUGGAAAGCGUAUUUCUAGUCUGAAGGAGCAGUUCCAGAGUGAAGGUGUUCACAUUUUACAGAAAAGAGAAGGCUGUGAAUGGGAUGAAAAUACUGGAGAGGUGACUGGAUUUUCACGGUACGGUUAUAACGGAGAAGACUUUGUUGAGUUUGAGCUAAAGAGACUGACAUGGAUCGCACUGAAACCAGAAGCUGCCAUUACUAAACAGAGAUGGGAUGCUGACAGUGGUAGAACAAAAUACAAGGAAAACUUCCUCACUAACAUUUAUCCAGAGUGGAUGAAGAAGUUUUUGUCCUAUGGGAAAAGCUCCCUGCAGAGAACAGUUCUUCCCUCAGUGUCUCUUCUCCAGAAGACUCCCUCCUCUCCGGUCAGCUGCCACGCUACAGGUUUCUAUCCUAACAGAGUCAUGAUGUUUUGGAGGAAAGAUGGAGAAGAGGUCCAUGAUGGUGUGAAUCCUGGAGAGAUCCUCCCCAACGAUGAUGGGACCUUCCAGAUGAGUGUUGAUCUGAAUGUUUCAUCAGUCACACCUGAAGACUGGAGAAGAUAUGACUGUGUGUUUCAGCUCUCCAAUGGUGAACAUGUCAUCACCAAACUGGACAAAACAGUGAUCCGAACAAACUGUGCAAAAACAAUACUUUGCAAUGAUGGAGUAGAGACGCCCCUUGCCAGGAUGACUGCUGUCAUUGCUGUAGUGGUUGCUGCAGUGGUUGUUCUUUCUGUGGCUGCUGUUGGAUUUGUUGUUUACAAAAAGAAAAAAGGGGGACGGGGGCUGCAGCCUAUACCAUGUGUCAUAAUAGAGCAAGAGGCAGUACUGAACAGAGAUAACACACAGAGACAGACAAGCAUUCAUACCAAUUGACCCCAUGGAUGUCUUUGGAAUAGAAUGUGGGAGGAAGCUGGAGUACCGGGAGAACACACAGGUGGACACGAUGAAACUUCACACAGAAAGGCCCCAAACUGGAUUCAAGUCCAAGACCUUCUUUAAAAAUGUGUUUUAUUGAUAUUGUAUAUAAAAGUCAGUCCAGGAUCAGUAAGACUAAACGUGUGUUAUGGACCUACUUUCUCGCAAGAUUUUUGAAUUCUGAGACUGAAUCAAGAUGCCACAUGAACAAAGCACAGCACACUACAGAGUAUACAUAAGUAUACAGACAUUCAGUUAAAUCCUGCAUUAUCUAGAACCCCAGCUUGGUAUUAAAGGAUCUGCACUUCCGUUGCCCAUUUUAAAUGUGGUUUUUACUCAAGUUUCUGCCCUCAGUGCUCUACUUUUUUUCAGUUUCAGUUUCCUUUAGGCCAGGUCAUUUGAAAUAUAGUACAGUUAUGGCCAAAUGCUUUUGCAGUGUUAUUCUUUGUGAUUUUAAAAGUCUUUGAAACUUAUGAAAUGCUUCUGAUUGUUCCUGUAUAUCAUGUCAAAAUAUACAGGAACAAUCAGAAGCAUUUCAUAAGUUUCAACAAACAAAAACAAAAAAAAAAAACAACAAAACAAAAAAAGCUGAAGCUACAAACUGUAUGAAACACAUCAUUUGUGUCACACUCAACUGUUGCCUUGACUGUAUAUCUCACCAAUGAUGGCAGAAGAUGACUGAUUUAUCAGGCUAAUGAAAUCUUAAUAAGCCAGUAGGAGGAGUGAAAGGCUCUGUCAGUAUUUUUUCUGCAGCAUAUCAUAUGUUAAAGAUGAAGAAAUGUGGUUUAUUUCUGAAUUUGAGAUUUUUAUUAAUAAUAAGCCAUACAUGUGUUUGGGUACAUAAUAUCAAUUUCAGGAUCAUUGACGAUGUGUUUUAAUAAAGCUCCUGACUUCA